CCGCUUCCUUCCUUUCCUUCCUUCCUCACUUCCUCUCGCUGCCAUCGCCAUCGGCAUCAUCGCCAGUAGAUAGAUAUAAACAAGACAAGAGGAGCGUCGAGCUUGGACCUCCCCGCCCCGUCCUGUCCCCUCGACGCAAUCGACCGCCAAGAACAUCCCGAGAGCAGCGCCGCCGUCUCGUCUCGUCGCCAUGGGUCUGCAGGAGGAGUUUGAGGAGCACGCCGAGAAGGCCAAGACCUUGCCUGACACGACGACGAACGAGAACAAGCUCAUCCUCUACGGGCUCUACAAGCAGGCCACCGUCAGCGAUGUCAACACCGGGCGUCCUGGCAUUUUCAGUCUGAAAGAGAGAGCCAAAUGGGAUGCUUGGAAGGCCGUUGAAGGGAAAUCCAAGGAUGAAGCAAUGACCGACUACAUCACCAAAGUGAAACAGCUGCUGGAGGAGGCCGCAGCAUCCACUUCCUAGGCUAUGAAAACACCAUGAUCCAUAGUUGCCUAUAUAGUUAUGCUAUAUGUGUCGUCAAUAAACCUUGGGUCCCUGUUAUGUUUUGGAUGGCUUCUGUUUCCAUACAUGUAACUGUUCUGUCUCCAAGGAUACUCAACGUCGCUUAUAAAGGCCUGUAAACUCUUGUGAAAACAAAUUCAAAUUACCAUCUCCUGAAAGUUGGGCACAUGUUCCCUGAAUCCUGGCAA